UCCAAGAAACUUGCGUUCAAACGAGACAGGCGUUGAAAGAAGUCACGAUGCAGACCAUAUCCAUAAACACGUGAUCAAAGGCUGGACAACUGACCUCACAUCGCGUCACAGACAAACGUACGAGAGCUCGAAGACUACCAGUGAACGGGAGGAAGUGAAAAGUCAAAACGACUGGGAAGAACCCUAUCAACGAGGCACUAUCUAUAAACGUGAUCAAAGGAUGGACAAUGGACCCGAAUGCCAAUAAUGUUUAUCAGAGAAUCUACCCGAAGAAAAAAUUAGAAGCGGAGAGUGAAGAUAACGAGGAGACUGCUGUAUACAGGGUUGAUAUCGGACGUUCUGGUGGGAAAGAUAAUGGAGGUGACGUGAUGAAAAUUACAAGACUUUAUGAAACCACUGGUUCAGAUGAGCCAGAGAAACUGGAAGAAGAAAAACCUUCACUCGAAGUUCUCAUACAAUCAGCUGAAGCCAACUUCUUGUGAAUUAGUCUGAAAGAAUGCAUUUUCUAUUCUGCUUCAAUCAUUAUAAUGUGUACACGAAGAUUAUCGCUCCUAAUACGAGUUCUUGAGGGGAAUUAUCGGUUUAUACCUUGGCUUUGAUUAUGAUUUUAUGAUCACAAUAAUGCACAGCCUAAAUUUCAGCCUAAUCUAUUUGGUGGUGAAUUUAUUUAUUCUAUACUUAGACCUCUCUUUUGCUCUUAUUUAUGAUUAUUUAUAUUCUGAUUAUUUAAGGACAUGGUUAUUUAGUAUACGUAAAUAUAUACUAAAUAAAUAAUAAUAAGUAUACGUAUAGAAACAUUUUACCAGCUUCGGUAAUACUAAGAGUAGCAUAAAUUGCGGCGUCAUAUGCGCCAGCGUUGAUCCAAUGAAGCGGUAACCAACAAUAAUUUAGAAUUGCACCAUCAAGCGUCCAUCUUAAAAAUUUUUAAAUCAUUUUAAAUUUAACUUUUUAAGUCAUCUUUUUGUGUUUUUCUGUGAGGUUUUGACCUCUGUGUCUCAUUUGUACGUGUGCGUGUGUUCAAGAAGUGUCUUACAGACGAAGUCUUUUUUGUAAAUACUGAGUUCUCGAGAAGAAAUCAUUGUAUAUAACUACGGAACAGUUGUGACUUGUGAAUACUGUGAAUACUGUAUAGCCUACUAUAUUUAUAUUAAUUCAGAAAAUAUUUUAUAUACAAGAAAGUCUAUUUAAGUUAUCAUAAAAUCAUGGAGAGUUCUUUAUUACCGAGUCCUGUUGAAACUGUGAAACCAGGCAAUCCUUGGGGUUUGUCCAAAGUGAAUGUACCUGUUGUUCCUUCACUGCUGUCAGUAAUGGACGAAGAAUUAGCGCGAGAAAUUGAUCGAAAUGAAGGAGUUGAGGCUUGGAAUAAAACGCCUGUUGAAGCUCAAGUUGAAGUAUCAUUGGAAGUUUCAAGUGGUUCAGACACUGCAAAUGAUUUGAUGCUUGCUCAGAUGUUGCAACUUCAAUUUGACGAGGAAUAUGAGAAAGAUUUGAAGGCAAAGGAGAAUCGAAUGAAUGGAACCAGCAAAGUUUCAAUUAGUUUUGAUAAUUAUCGUACAAUCCAUCCUGGUAUCCUGGAAGGUGACUUGACAUCAUCUGAUGAUGAUAUUGAUUAUGAUGAUCAAGUAAAAAAUGACAAAGCAAAGCAAUCUGGUGGUAAAUCUGGUGGUGGCAGUCGUAGAAAACGUUAUCAGAGCAACGGAUCUGGUAAAAACAUUACAACAAAACAUGAUGCUGAUGUCUGUGGCCGUAAGAAUGCUCAAAAUAUUGAAAAGUUUCCUCCAAGUUUUGCAGCAGGAGAUGUUGGCAGCAAAGAGCUUGAUCUGAAGAUCUCAAACAACGUCUACAACACUUUAAAACAACAUUCAAUUAAAGAAGAGAAACAAAGUUAUCGUCUUCAUGAAAAAAAAGAACAUUCAACUCAUGAGCAAGCCUUGGAUCCUAAGACUAGAUUGCUGUUAUACAAAUUAGUAAACUCAGAGAUUUUGGAAGAAGUAAAUGGUUGCAUCAGCACUGGAAAAGAAGCUUGUGUUUUUCAUGCCUUUGGAGGAAAAAUGGAAGAUAAGGUUGUACCUCGUGAAUGUGCAGUGAAGGUGUUUAAGACAACAUUAAAUGAAUUCAAGACCAGAGAUCGUUACAUCAAGGAUGAUCACCGCUUUAAAGAUCGUCUUGGCAAACAAAAUCCACGUAAAACAAUCAAGUUAUGGGCAGAGAAAGAAAUGUGUAAUCUUUCAAGGAUGAUGCAUGCUGGAAUACGAUGUCCUGAAGUUGUUCUGCUGAAGAAACAGGUUUUGGUGAUGAGUUUCAUUGGCAACGGUCAACAUCCAGCACCUAAAUUAAAAGAUGUUGCUCUAACAACCCCUCAAGCUACCCAGGCUUAUAAACAGUGCAUAGAGAUGAUGGCUGAAAUGUAUCAGAAGUGUAAUCUUAUUCACGCAGAUCUUAGUGAAUAUAACAUGUUAUGGUACCAGAACGAGGUUUAUUUCAUUGAUGUGAGUCAGUCAGUGGAGCCAGUUCAUCCUCAUGCACUGGAAUUUCUCUAUAGAGAUUGUAAGAAUGUCACCUCGUUCUUUGAGAAAUUUGGGGUGGAAAUAAUUUCUGCAGAAAACCUGUUUAAUCAGGUUUCCAAGUUGGAUAUACCUGUUGAACAAGAUGAGGACUUUAUGUCGAAGGUGGUAAAGUGCGAAAGAUUUUUAUCAGAAACGAAGAUUAACAAGAAACUGCCUGAGAAGGAAUACGCAUUUGAUUACCUUUUCCAUAAAAACGAGGCAACUGAGUGAAGCACCGUGCAGGAACCAAUGGAGAAAUAUGUUUAAUGAUUUGAAAUUGUUAUAACACGCGGUUUUUAUCGUAAUUAAAAUGAAA